UCUAAACAGAAGAACAGCAUUUGUUGCACGUGUUUGUACCUCUAUUACUCAUAGCUCAAUGCCUUAAUUUUUUCUCUUUUCUCACGAAUGCAAUUUAACCCUAAUUUGAUGAUAACAUUGUCUUGUGUGAGUAACGAGCUGAACAAUAGAAAAUAAUAUUUUCUGAUGCACUCCUUCUGCUUGUAUAUAUCAUAUAAAUAUUUGAAAAAGAAACAACGGAAUUGAACCGUGACAGUGUAUAGUAACAUUAGUCAAUUAGAAGUGUGUGUGUGUGAACUCUAAGUGAAAAACGUGAGACAAUUCUUAUGUUCGUGCUUAAAUUAUAUUUGCAAAUAAAAUAAAAUAAUUAUCACAAUGGCUCUUUGUUUAAAUAAAGUGUUACAGACAGCUCAAAAAUCAGUAUCAAUUCAACAGAUACGAUUCCGUUCUAAAAUAAAUAUACAGAGGCCAAAACCCUUUCAUCAUGAGCGAGGAAAAGUAAUGGAAUUAUUAACUCCAAUUUAUGCGAAUCCAAAUAAAGGGAAAAAAUUAUGGGAAGUUUGUAUAUCAGCACAGAAAAAGGAUGUAAAGAAAUAUGUUGCACAUCCUUAUGAAAUGAUAAUAGCAAGAGAAAUUUUAAAUUGGUUCAAUAAUUCUAAAAUGAUUGGAAUUUUUCAUAUGAAUUCAAUAAAAGCUGAGGAUAAUUUUAAUUUUCAAGUUAGAUUAAAAAAGCAUAAUAUGUAUACAAAAAAUUAUGGUUAUACAUUAAUGAAAUUAGCAUUAACGGAUACAAUUUAUGAACCUGUUCUUAAACUAUUUCUUACAAGAUCUGCAUUAGUAUUUAGUCCAGAUGUUAAUGUUCAAGCACUUGUCCAAACUGCUAAAAAGACACCGGAAUUAACUUUAUUGGCUGGCAUACUUAACGAUAAAUUGUUGCAUCGAAACGAAUUUUUGGAAUACGGAAAAAUGGAUCUAACAUCCGCCCGAGUCGGCUUGGUUUCAGUAUUACAAAAUGCAGGUGGUAAUAAUUUAAAUAGACAACUAACCCAUCAUCAAUCAACAUUAGUUACAAGGUUGGAACAAAUAAGUACAGCGAAAUCAACUUGCGAUAAUAAUGAUUAACUGGUGCAUAUGUUAACAUUUUUUUUUAUUGGUAUAUUGAUAAUGUAUCAUACGUAAGAAAUAUGUGAAGCUUUAAGGAAUUUACAUUUAGACACUAUAUAUAUAUAACAUAAAUAAUUUUUUAAACGUGA